AUGAGUUCAAGAAUAAUAAUCGGGCAGCUCCGGCAGCAAGCUCGCAGCACGACUUCCCACCGGUCCCCUCUCACCGAAUUGCAUACCCAACCAGCAUUCUUCCAGCCAUCACGAAAGUUCUCGAGCAGUCCCUUCCGACUCUCCGAAUCGAACGUCAUCGCACCCGAAUACCUCGACGAGAACGAGCGCAAGAUUUUCACAAUCCUCAAAGACAGCUUCAAGCCCUCCAAGCUCGAGGUGCAGGAUGUCUCCGGCGGAUGCGGCUCCAUGUACGCCCUAGAUAUCGUGUCGGAGCAGUUCACAGGCUUGACCACCAUCAAGCAGCACCGCCUGGUCAAUCAGGUCUUGGGCGAGGAGAUCAAGAAAUGGCAUGGAGUGCAGUUGAAGACCAAAGCGCCGUAG